AUGCAAGCCCGUUCCCUUCUUGCCUUCCCACUUGUCGGCCCUCCACCUUGGCAGCUCCAUUUACACUUCUCCAAAUUUCUCAAGCCCGAGAGUCUCCUGCGUUCUGAUCCAAGGAACGGAAGGGGGGCCGGUUCACCAUCCAGGUGCUUCGUGAUGCGUCUGGCGCUCGGCUUACUCGAUGAAAACACCUUUUGGGUUAGCCAGCGGGCACUUGGAAGACCUCGAUCUUCUUUUCGACGACUUGCCGGUGCCAGUGCCAGAGCCAGCGCAUCAGAUCACUACAAUGAGUGUCGAAAAUGUCUCGCCUUUCUGCCGAUCCAACUUGGCCCCCGAGCAGUCGCUGCGGGCAAAGGGGGCUCGCAGCUCGCUGGCUUCCAUCCAUGGUGGCUUCGCUUCUGCGUCGCCAACGUCGUUGUGUUUCAGAUGACAUGUCUCAUGGUGGACUCACUACCACUGCCGUUGGUUCUUCCCUUGGCCAAUACCACCUUGGCAACUCGGUCGACUCUGUCAGACUUUCCACACCGUACCAAUGUCUACAUACUUGCCUACUAUGUAUGUACUGUACUUUCCCGAAAGCCAGCCAACCACACAAACCCCCACCACCGAGAUCGUGCAAGACGCGGUCAGUGGGACCCUCGUUUUCUGCCUGCCUGGGAGGCUGGCAAGAUGGGCCGCUGCCCGCUGGCAAGCCGCAAGCCCAUUCUCGGUUCGUGA